AUGGCGUUCUUGGAGGAAUUGGAGCGAUCGAAAGACACGCCGCAAACCAUUCAAUGCAUCGAUUUCUCUUUCGCAGGCAUCGGGAACGACGGCUUCACGCGGUUCGUCGAUUUAUUCAUCGACAACCCGCACCUCAAACUGCGCGAGCUGCGUCUGCAAGGGAACAAUUUGGGUCCCAAUCAGAUCACCUACCUCACCAACCAACUCCAUUUCGGAUCGCUCAGCGCCUCCAAAGCCUUCAUUUUCCCCGACCUGCGCGUCCUCGACCUCAGCAACAACCCGCUCGGCAACGAAGGCGUCAGCCAGCUUUUCCUCCUCUUCAAGCACAACUGCUUCCCCGACCUCCGCCAAGUCUUCCUCCUCAACUGCCGGUUCGGCACGGAUAUCGCGUCCACGCUGCUCUCCAUCCACCUCCACGAGAACAAUCUCAUUAACUUCGUCACCGGCGCCACGCAGGCCUCCCUCAUGCCCCGCGGGGAACAAUCCAUUAUAGAGCGGUUAGAGGAGCGCAUCGAGGCCGGUUCCCUACGCAAUCUCGAGAUUCGCGAGACGGUAUCCGACGCGUGUCUGCAGCUCUAUUUCAGCCUCGCCGUAGCGAACUGCGUGAACACCGUGGAGAAAAUCGUCCUGAAAAACGUGGAUCUGAGCGGCGGGGCGUUUCAUCUGGUUUCCGCGAUUCUGCGUCGCUACGUGGCCUACGGACGCUGCGGCCGCCUCGCCAGCCUCUCUCUGAUCGAGUGCAACCUGGACGAUUCGCACGUUCCCUCGCUGCUCCGCCUGCUCCGCACGCUCGCCGCGCACCGCUCCGAUUUCCCCGGUUUCCCCGGUUUUUCGUUCCUGAACCUGGAAGGUUUCCCCGGUUUCUCCGAUUGA